UCUCAGAAUGACAAUUCUAGGUACAGCUUUUGGUAUGUUUUUUUAUUUGCUUCAAGUCGUUUCUGGAGAAAGUGGCUAUGCACAGAAUGGAGACUUGGAAGAUGCGGAACCCGAUGACUACUCUUUCUCCUGCUACAGUCAGUUAGAGGUGAAUGGAUUCCAUCACGCACUGACCUGUGCUUUUGACGACCCAGACAUCAAUAGCACCAAUCUAGAAUUUGAAAUAUGGACAGCUGAGGUUAAACCAGAGGCUCCUUUUGAUGUAAAUGUUGUCUAUCGUGACGGAGCACAUGACUUUGUGGUGACAUUUAAUACAUCACAUUUGCAAAAGAAGUAUGUAAAAAAAUUAAUGCAUGAUGUAGCCUACCGCCAGGAAAAGGAGGAAAACAACUGGAUGCACGUGAAUUUGUCCAGCACAAAGCUGACCCUCCUGCAGAGAAAGCUGCAACAUGAUGCAAUAUAUGAAGUUAAAGUCCGAUCCAUCCCUUACUCCCUCGACUAUUUUGAGGGCAUCUGGAGCGAAUGGAGUCCUAGUUACCACUUCAGAACUCCUCCAGUGAAUCUUCCAGAGGAGAUGGAUCUUGUGUUACUAACCAUCAGCAUUUCGAGUUUCUUCUCUGUGGCUCUCUUGGUCAUCUUGGCCUGUGUGUUAUGGAAAAGAAGGAUUAAGCCUGUUGUAUGGCCCAAUCUCCCAGAUCAUAAGAAGACACUGGAACAACUGUGUAAGAAACCGGGAAAGAAUUUGAAUGUGAGUUUCAAUCCUGAAAGUUUCCUGGACUGUCAGAUUCACAAGGUGGAUGGCAUUCAGUCUAGAGAUGAAGCAGAAAGCUUUCUACAAGAAGCGUUUUCCCCACAGCUAGAGGAGUCUGAGAAGCAGAGGUUUGGAGGGGGUGUGCAGGGCCCCCGCUGGCCAUCUGAGCAUACAGUCAUCACUCCAGAAACUAUUAGAGGAGAGUCACCCCUUGGGUGCCCAGCCAGGAAUGGCAGUGCAUGUGAUACCCAAGUACUCUCCUCCUCCAGGUCCCCAGAGACUGGCCAGAAUGGGCCUCAUGUGUACCAGGGCCUCCUGCUUAGCCCUGGGACUACAAACAGCCUCCUCACCCCUCCAUUUCCUCUCCAGUCUGGAAUCCUGACAUUGAACCCAAUUGUUCAGGGCCAACCCAUCCUCACUUCCCUGGGACCAAGUCCAGAAGAAGCCUAUGUCACCAUGUCCAGUUUCUACCAAAACCAGUAAGUAAAUUGUGAGAAGACAAGACUGAGCCCACCAUGACCAACAAAGGUGGUGGAUA